AUGACCGACGAUAGGGGCCCAGGACACAUUCCCGUCGACUUCACCGAGCCCCGCGGCGCCGACAACUUCACAACGCCGCCAGAUUCGCCCAGCGACACCUCCUCAACCGCCAAUCGAGACCCCCAACAAGUGGACCCGCAGCCCUUCUACACAGACAUUGUCGAAGAUGACGAGUACAACCGGUACAACCACGAGGAGCAGGAGCUGCACCGGAUCCAGACCAACGCCACGACCACCAGCAUGAAGUCGAUACGGCGUACAGGCACUCUGUUGGGCAACAAUAUUCCGUACAACCGAGCAUUUCCCAACCGUCCACCGGGUCGAAAGCGUCAAAAGCUGCUGCAAUACUUUUUUCGACCGGCGUGGCUGUUCGACCACAUGGACAUUAUCAGUUUCAAGACGGUGAUUCGAUCGUGGAUCGGAGUGUCGUUGGGGUUCAUGCUCAUGAUGAUCCCGGCCUUUGUGCGAUGGUGUGGAUCAGCCCCUUACCUACUGCCUGUGGUGGCCGUCAUUGUGCCCGCCGGCUCGCAGCCCAUCACCGUGUGCUUCAUCAUUAACGCCAUCAUGUGUCUCUUCACCUGCAUGGGCUACGCCGUUAUGGUGAUUGCAAUGCGAAUCAACAACACCUGGUUCCACAAUAGCAUCAAUGCCGAAGGCAUGGCCCGACAAAUGAUCCAGGAGGGUCUGUGUGCUGCUCCAGACUCCAACGACCCCAACUCCCGAGCCACCCUCACAGCCUGUGUUAUCGACCAGGUCUACGCAGGCAAGUUUAUGACUGCCCGAGGCUCUGUGGUCUACUGUGUGCUGCUCGGAGCCUUCAUGUUCUUCAUGCUGUGGAUGAAAAACAAGUCGCGAAUUCUCAUUCCAGGCUAUCUCUGUGGAGUCAUUGCUGUGGGCGCCCUCAUGCCUCUGGCCCACAUGUUCCCCUACUUUUCGCCCAACACCAUUGGUCUGACCCUGGUCAAGCCCAUGGGACUGCAGUUUGCCAUCAAUGUGGCUCUGUCCAUCCUAGUUUUCCCCUUUUCCUCCGGCUUCCAGUUCACCCAAACAGCCCUUUCCGAACUCAAGAUUCUCGAGGGACUUGUCAAGUUCCACGAAAACUUCAUGACCUCCACUCUUCCCUCCAAUGAAGCCGACUGGCUCAACUUUUCUCAGACCGAGGCCGAUGUUCAGAAAGCUCGUCAGCUGUACCCCAAGCUGGAAGCAGAAGCUGCGCUGCUUCCCAUUGAGCUAACUUACUCGCGUUUCGCCUUUCCCGACUACACCGCCCUAAAAACAAGUGUUGGCCGGGUUAUUUCCGGCAUGUCAGGACUUGUGUACUUUUACGACAACGUUGAGAACAUUCGACGGUCAAUCUUGCUGGUUGAAACUGCCGGAAGACCCAUUGACAUGUCUCGAAAGCUGGCUGACUCGACUGGAAACGACUCCAGAAAGGUUGACAGCAUGCUCAAGCGUCGAAAGAAGGAUACUGGCCGGUUUGACAUUGACGAGAAGAAGAAACCUGCUCCCGUGGGCGUCUACGAGAUCAAGACUGGAAUCAAGGGUGCCAAGGCCCAAUACCCCGAUUCUUUGACCAUGGAAGAACUUGAUGCACUGAUGAUUCAGCUGCGAGAAAUGUCUCUGCCUUUUGUUGAGCAGGUUCGACUUGCUCUGGAGACUAUGAUCAAGUGGUUGGCUGCUGCCAACGUCUACAGAGUCAACAGUUUGUUCUUUUUCUGGCAGAAGAAGGGCCACCGCCAGCGUCAGACCGAACUCGCCGCUGAGCUUGCAGAGCGUCGUCAGGCGUUCAAGGAAGCUGCCCACGACUUCCUCAACUCCAAGCGGUUCGAGCUGUUCCAGUCGCUCGAAGACUCAGAUGAGAAGACGUCCUUUGUCACCUUUUACUUCCAGGGUGCGCUCUACUGUACGUACAUGAAGGGAGUAGCCGAGACGAUCGAUCUGCUCUUCACGACGCUCUCCAACAUGGACGAGACCGAGUCCAAGCCCUCGUGGACCAUUGGAAAGGGCAGCUCAAAGAACGACAAGGCUAAGUCGACUGAGGCAGCUCCUGCUGCUGGAGAGAAUGCCGGUCGAGGAUCAUCCGAAGAGGAGUCCGAAUCAUCCGAAACCAGCGGUAUUUGGACCGGAGUUGAACGAGAACUCAAGAGUUAUGCUCAUGGCCAUGAGGAGCAUCUGUGCAACAACGACGAUCUUGAGGAGCUGUACGCUCAGUCCAUCCAUGGAGCCGGCAUUGACGGGGACCGAAAACGAAACCCCGAUGCCAAACCUCCUACCACUCGCGUGGGAAAGUUUGGUGUCAAGCUCAACCGUGUCAUCAAACAUCUCAUGUCUCCAGACAUUAUCGUUCCGCUCAAGGGAGCCAUUUUCACUAUUCUGUGUGCUCUCCCGUUCUACUUCAAGUCGACGGCUCCCUGGUGGCGUGAGAACAGACUUGUCUGGGCUGUUAUCAUGACUGGUCUUUCGAUUUCCGAAAACAUGGCCGACAACCUGUACGGAUUUGGCUCGCGUAUCCUCUAUACCUUUUAUGCAGGAGUCAUUGGUAUGGUUGCCUGGUACAUUUCCACUGGUAACGGAGACGGUAACCGGGCCGGAUUCAUGGUCACUACUUGUAUUCUGUACUUUGUGCUCAUGUUCUACCGUGAGUUCUCCGUUCACUCGACGCCCAUGCCCCAGAUUGUCAUGGUCGUCACUACCGUCAUCAUUCUUGGCAUGUCUUGGACCGACGGAACUGGUGUCACCACUCCCUCGAUCGGUGUGGGCUUUGCUGUUGCGUGGAAGCGGUUCGUCACUGUGGUCAUUGGCCUGUCUUACGGCUUCAUUUGCACCCUUCUGCCCCGCCCAGUCACCGGCAAGAAGAUUAUUCGAACCACGCUCGCCAGCAUCAUCAAGGACACUGGUACACUCUACUGCCGCAUUUCCGACUUUGCCGUCGGUCGACUGGCCCACCCCCACAAGGAUGUCGAUCUCAAUAACGACCCCAUUUUCAAGUCCAUUGUCGGCGCCCAGAACAGAAUUGCAGGCUCUGAGUUUCUCGCCAGCAUGGUCAUGUAUGAGCCCUCGCUGCAGGGACAAUGGCCCUCCAAGGUGUACCGGGAAAUCACCACCAUUGUUUCGGAGCUGGUCGAGCUGCACCAUCAUCUGUACAUUGUGCUGCGACGAAUCGAAGAUCCUCGCUACUGGUUUCCGCAUCUUCUGGAUUUGGUGGGAUGGGGCGACCAGCCACUCAUGUCCCACUACUUUGCCGUGCUCUACAUGGCCCAGGGAGCUCUCUACGACGGCUCUCCUCUUCCCCAGGUGACUCCCGCCAUGCUCAUGGUCGAGCACCUAGAUCAUCUUGAGGGGCUGUUCAAGACCUCCUUUGACGCUGAGGCUAGACAUUCCAUGGGCGAAAGCGCCCGAUCAGACUUUGAGCCACAGCCCGAGACCAACCAGAUUUCACUGGAACGUCUCAAGAGCAAUGACGGUCUCAUUUUCUCAGCUGCCAUUGUUCUUUCCAACUGCAUCUUCGACCGAAUGGACCGGCUCAUGUUCCAGGUCAAGACGCUGGUUGGCGAACAGUUUGUCAACUCGGAGUACUACCGCGAUCGAACUCGUUUCAAGAACGACAGACUUGUCUAA